AUGUGCCGUAGUCGUCAAAGGAAUAAUAUUCCAGAAAAGAGGAGAACAUUCAAGCCAUUUGUUGUUACCCCACCAGUAGAAAAUGAGGUUCCCCCAAAUGCACGAGCAGUUAAAACCAUUCCAGUUAUUAUUGAAAGGACUCAUGUUAAAAUGAUUGUUGACACUGGGGCAACAACAAACAUUUUAGAUUCCAAAGCAUAUAAUGACAUCAAAAAGAAAAACCCCAGUUUACAUUUGAAACCAUCAACACACAAAAUUUAUGCUUACAUGCAGUCUAAACCUUUGCCAGUCCUUGGGAAAUUUGAAGGACUUAUUGAGUCCAAACACAGAAUGGCUGUUACAACAUUCCAUGUUGUAAACGGGGACGGUGGGUCAUUACUACUGUAAGUUGUUCCACAGUCACAGAGCUUGAUAUUGUGAAACUGAAUGUGCAUGCUGUUGUUACCCUAGUUCUAGAUCCUACACCGAUCCUCGAGAGGAUCAUAAACAGUUUGGCAAUGAGAACCCAGAAAUUCCUAAGAAUCAUCAACCAGACUCACCAAUCAUGUCAAAGCUUAAAAAGGAAUACCCAUCAGUCUUUAAUGGCAUUGGGAAACUAAAGGGUCAUGAAGUACACCUACACCUUAAAGAUUAUGCUAAACCUAUUGUGCAAAAACCCCGAGAGAUACUUUUUCAUAAGAGAUACUUUUUCACAGACAUAUAAUAAACGGGAAGAACUAGAAAAAAGAUAUUAUUGAAUUUGUUCCAGAAGGGACACCUACACCUUUUGUAUCAAAUCUUGUUGUUGCACCAAAGCCUAAUAAUCCAGCUGAAGUCAGAGUAUGUAUAGACAUGCGACAUAUGAACCCAAUGAUAGAGCGAAAACGUCAUGUUAUCCCUAAUAUUGGGGAACUCUUUGAGGACAUGGCUGGUGCUACUAUGUUUUCAAAAGUGGAUUUGACAGCUGAAUUUCACCAGUUACCUCUUGACGAGGAGUCACGAUCUCUUACCACAUUUCACACCCACAAAGGUCUUAUGCGAUAUAAACGUUUAUGUUUCGGAGUAAAUUCAGCACCAGAGCAAUUCCAAUAUGCUAUUCAACAAACACUCCAAGGACUGGAGGGAGUAAGGAACAUUGCCGAUGAUAUUAUUGUGUGGGGAAAGUCCCAGAAAGAACAUGAUACACACCUUGAAGCUCUCAUGAAACGACUCUCAGAAAACAAUCUUACCCUUAAUGUUUCUAAGUGUAAGUUUAAUGUAGACAGCAUUUGGUUCUAUGGUUGCACAUUAUCAAAGUAUGGCAUUUCUGCAGACAAAACCAAAAUUGCAGCACUAGUUAACAUGAAAGAACCAGAAGAUGUUUCCCAGUUGCGCAGUUUCUUGGGAUUGGCAACAUAUUGUGAACGGUUUAUUAAUAACCUGGCAACAAUCGCAGCACCAUUACGCGAGUUAACCAACAAAGGAGUUGUUUGGAAAUGGACAGGUAGGCACCAACAAGGAUUCAACAAAGUUAAAGAAGAAAUUGCGAAAGAUUGUACCACUGCUUUUUAUGACCCAUCUAAACGAACUCGAGUAACAGUUGACGCAAGCCCAGUCUGA